UCCUCGUACCCGAAAACAAGUUCUACGCAAGAAAAAGUAAUAUCAGAAAAGCCACGUACAACAAUUAAAUGUUUUAAUGACACUUGCAACUUUCCUGGUCGCAUGUAAAUAAUCUGGAUCUACUCUUGUUGUUCAGUAGGUCAUACAUACAGAGGAUGGGCUUUUAUGUUAAUGUGUUGUGUAAACGCACCUCCCCGACCAUUGUCUCACCCAAAAACUGGCAUUGCCAAAAAAAUAGGGGGGUGACAAUUCUAUAAAUGACAAUUCGUCUUUCGGUUUGUUAUCAGUUUCGUGAUUGUGGUCGGUGAUCGAAGAUGAAGCAACACGUGGUUUUGGUUUUCGCCUUGGUUCUCGUUGCUGCUCAAGGGGUUCCAAUUUCUGAUCAAGAAAAUGAGAUAAAGCCAGAAGAAACGCACGCAUUCUUCAAAAUGUUCGAGAAAUGCACGACCAACGAAGACGUGACCGAAAUGAUGAACUGCGCCGCAUCCAGGAUGUUGAGGUCGAUCGAAAAGGCCACCACCGAACCGGUAAUCAACGUGGUACCUGGCAUCACCCUCGUCAGCGACAAUUCGAUCAGCAGCCGACAGGCUAAGGAGAUCAAGGACGAACCGUUACCCUCUAACCCCCAGGAGAAGACCAACAAGCUGGUGGAGCUGCUGGUGAACCGUACCAGCCGGUUUUUGGCCGGCAAGGUGUUGAAAAUCCAACUGAACAAAGAGAGCGUGGCCAGGGCGAUCGAGGAGGGCCGCGGCAAGAUGAAGAAGAUGGUCGGACCGUGGAUGUUGGGAUUGGGCGCCACCAUGAUCACCAUGGUGCCCAUCAUGUUGGGCGGCUUGGCCCUGAUGGCCUCCAAAGCUUUGAUGAUCGGCAAACUGGCCUUCGUCGUUUCUAUCAUCCUGUUCGUGCAGUACUUCUUCACGGGAAGGAACGUGUUCCCCGGUUGGUUUAACGGAGUGUCUGGUUUUGGAGGAUACGGAGGGUACGGAGGUUACGGAACAACGUACGGUACCAACAAUGUGGGAUGGGGUGCUUCUGCGCAGUAUCCCUACGCUAGAUCCCUUAACAUUACUCCAGAAACCGACAAGGAUAAGAACGCUGAUGAUCUCGCCUAUUCUGGCCAUCAACUUUGAAACUUUAA